AAAGAAAGCACAACGUUUUAACGGCUGAAGUAACGCAAAUAAAACUCUGCUGCAAUUUUAUUUACAGAAAUUUUUUGGAUUUGGUUAAUUUUUAACUGAGAAAAGAAAACGAAAUAAAACAGCUUCAACAAUAGCUUCAAUAUAUGAAAUUUAUUUGUAAUAUUCCAGUUUCUGGUCUGUCUUGUAUGUUUUUGUGAAAUAUUUGAACAUUUUGUUAAGCUUGGUAUGUUGGCCAUGAUCUUGUCGUGUUUAGUUGUUACCAAGAUACGCAGUUAAACGCAUGUUUGUUUUAAAGUCAACAAAGAAGUGGUGACAAAAAUAUGUACAAAAAAUAAAAAGAAAAUUAAUUAAAAACAAAAGUCAUUAAAAAAAGUAAAUAAAGCCAAAAAUUAAUAAAAAAACCCAACCUAAUUGUAUAAACUCAAAUAAACAAAAAAUAUUUUUUGUGAAAGUGUUAGAAAAAAUGUUGACCAACGCUAAAUAAGCGUGAAUUUUGUAGAUUUUAGAAUUAAGAACAAAAAUUAUAAGAGAGAAAUUUAAACAAAAUGUGCUAAAAACUAAACGAGACAUUAAUAAAAUAACAAAAAUCAAUAAAUAUUAAAACGGAAACAUAAAUACAAAAAUGUAUAAAAAACUUGAACAAAAUUUAAAUUCAGUUAAAACUGAAAGACAAAAAAAUCUCAAUAACAACAACCUAAAGAAAACCAACACAAUGAAUCUACAAAGCGAAUAUUGUUCUGCGAAUCAUCUUCAGCAGCAGCAGAAGCAACAACUUUUACCAGAUUUUUUAAAUCAAUCAUUUCAAGAAAAGAAUAGAAUCAAUUGUAUUUUAAGAAAUAAGCACAGUAGGACAUCAAAAAAUACAACGGCGACAUGGUUAAGAAGUUUAAGUCUAUUUAAAACGAAAUGUAGACAAGAACACCAGCAACGACAACAACAACAUCAGCACAUUAACAAUAGCAACAAACAAAGUUGGAGUUUGUUAACAACCAUAAUUGUGUUAUUAGCAAUUAUAGAAAAUUCUAUGUCACUAGCAAAAGCGGAUGACAAUUUCAAUAAUAAUGUUGAUGAUGUUGCUACUGCUGACGAUUUCAAUAUAACCGCCACAACAAUACCAUUAACAACACUCCACUAUCACCAUCAUCUACAUCUUCUUAAUGACAACUCUAAUGUUAGCACUGAUGGUGGUGUUGUAGACACUCAAACAUCAACAUUUGCACCAAUUAUGGCGAACAAUGAAUCUUUAUGGUUCGACAAUACCACAAACAGCAGUCCCACCACCACCAACUCCACCUCUAAUACCACCAGUUCGUCAUCGAGAUCACAAAAGAAAUUUAAAACCAAAUACAAUACAGCCGAAGAUUCAAUAUUUUUACGUUUCGCCAAACGUUUUACGGCCGACAACAAUCUUUGGUCUGGCAUCAUACAAGACUGUUACAGACGACCAACGUUUUCCUGUUUCCAAAAGAAUGUCUAUUAUUAUUUAAACGAUGUCUUAGAUGCUCAGGAUGUCAAUGUUACGCAAAGAUUGAAAUUCUAUAAAAAUGACAAUUCAUAUCAAUAUGAUGUUGAGGAAGCGGAGGAUGUACCAACACCCACAACACAAUCAUCAUUGGCUGUGGAUUCGAUGGAGAAUGUGGCAGCUGAGGAAGAAAAUGAUAUAAAGGAAAAUGAAAUACCAUAUGCACGUAAUAGUCGUUCGUUUACAGAUAUUCCAACUGUGGCCGAAACACCCAUCGAGGAAGUGACAAAUGCUUUGUAUGGUAAAAGUAUUAAAUUUGCAAUGACACAUGAUAUAGAAUUAAAACUACCCGAAAUGAUGUUCGAUGGUGCAACAUUUCGUAUAUCACCACAAGCGAUAGAGGGCAAUGGGGUCAUAGCUAAAUUGGAAUUGAUACCAAAACAACAAUCGGAAGCACGUUUGGCGGGAAAAAUUUUAAUGAAGAAAAUACAAAAAUUCUUAAAAAGUAAAUUGUUGCUGUCAUUCUUGGCUUUGGUGCUCAUAAUCAAAAUCAUUAAAAUUAAACUGUUUUGGCUAUUGCCACUGGUGAUUGGUGUUGGUGCUGCCAAAAAAUUACUUUUGAAAUUUUUACUAUUUUUGUUUCCUGCUCUAUCGCAUCUCUUCAAAUUGUGUUCAUACUAUCAACAGACGUAUCAUUCGACUAAAUAUCAUCAUCACCAUCAUCAUAUUAAUCAUCAUCAUACGGUUGUACCUGCUUGGCAUAGUGCGGAAAAUUCUCACAUACCAGAAAUUAUAUACACACAUCCACCCAAGGGACAUGUGUCGGCGUAUUUGCAUGGAGCUCCCAUACACGAAAGUUAUGGACCACCAUCACAUGAACACUUUGAAACGGGCUGGGCAAAUUCGGGUCCCGGUUUGGGUUCAGACUUCAUUAGCGAUAUAAAUCGUGUUGCACAUAUUGAUGACAAAACAAAUUCAUUUAAACCGCACUCAAAUAAUGAUGCCAAUGAAUUGCAUGGUUGGGGUUUGGGUACCACCCCAAUCAAUAAUUUGGCACCGAACAAGAAACGACCACCACUUCAGCAAAACCAACAGCAACAACAUAAUCCAAAUCAAAGAUUUUCAACAACAUUACAAAAACCACCCAUUAAUCAAGCACAACAACCACAAAAUUACCAAAAACCUCAAGCCACUAGUCAUACAUUUAAUCCCUUCAUACAAUCUCCCCAGCCACAACCAGGUGACAAACAAAGCUUUUUCAACAGUAAAUACCGCAAUAAUAUAGCAGCAGCACAAUCGGCUCCUAGUCCUGUCUAUACACCCGCGAGACAACCUUCACUACCUCCUUUGCAAAAUCAAUUAAAGCCACAACAAAUACAGGCGGCAUUAACGCAGGCAGCCCAAAUAGCGGCACAAUAUGAUCCAACGCGAAAUCAAGAACAGCAACAGGCGGCAGGUGGACAAAGCCUGCAACCCCAACAGCAACUUACGCCGGAACUUUCUGCUCAAUUAAAGGAAGCCAUAAGAAUACAAGCUGAACAACGUUUGGUACAACAGCAGCAGCAAAUUUUAGAUAAACAACCAUUUGUACAAGAUGGUCAGCCCUUAAUGCCAUUGAAUUAUGAUCCAUUUUAUAGUCCAAUUUUACUUAAAAUCGAUAAGAUUGUUGAACAAUUGGGUGUCACGGAUGAUUUAUGUAAAGAACGUUUAGUUUGUAGUAUGUACAAGGAUCCACAACGCUACAGUCCGCAUAGUAAUUUUGUUUCGGCGGAAUUGAGUCGGGAUACUAACGAACUACAACCUAUAACGAAUACAAAUCAAGCUGUAGUAAGAUUUUUCCGUCUCAUACAGGCGGCACGUGAUGGUCAAGAUCAAAGGGACUGUUUAGCCUUGUAUCCAAAUUGCAGUAUAAAUACAGAGUAGAAUAAAAAAAAAACGCAAGACGUAGAGAACAAUUCAAUUUAAUUGAAUUUGAAUGUUAACGAAUGGUGUCCUUUCGAUUUGUGUCGGUGCGAGCGAUUCCUUGUAAAGUCAUUAAUAUAGAAAUUUAUUUAUUUAUUGCUUUUUUUUCUUUUGUAUUUUUUUUAGAAAAUAUUUACUAUUUAUUACUUAGUCUAAGAUUUUACUUUUAUUUAUUUAUUUAUUGAAAAAAAAGGAAAAUAUAUAACUGUACAUAAUAUUUAUUUGUGUAAUUAAAUUUCUGGUAAAUAUUUUACUAAUUGAAUUUAUUUGUAGCAUAUAUUUACAUUAUUUUUAUUUAUUAAAAAUUCCAAUCAAUCAGUCUUAUUUAAGAAAUUAAUCAAUUUAUUUUAUUUUCAAAAAGCUUUUUAUAUGGAAUGGGCCUGGUUGAUUAUAAUUAAUUAAAUCCCUAUUCAUAUUCUAUUAAACUUUUCAUACUUUAUAUGUCGCCUAUUUUAUGGCUUUUAUGUAAAAUAUAAUUUGAUUUCAGGAAACUUUAAAACAUAUUACACUCAAAAUUAGACACGAACCAGAUGAUAUAGGCCUGAAACUAUAAAUUUAAUGUAGAAAAACUGCGUUUUUAGUUUUUCAUUUCGUGAUCCUGUGUCCUUUUUAAAGGACUUCUCUUUUUGU